GAGACGAGGCGGACGAGUGGGACUGAGUGACUGAGAGUGACGCGCUGAGGCUGGGAAGAAGAAUCGAGGUUUGGCUCGGGCGGGGACGACAAGCAAGUGGAGCACAGGGACUGCCGGCUGCGCGGGCGGGCGAGAGAGGCCUUUGUCUUCUCCAGCGCGCUCGGUGGUGCCACUCCGGUCCCCAUGAGCCCGCGGCCCCCCGGCGCCCGGGCGUCCCGCAGCCCCUAACCUGCCUUAUCCUCGCCAUGGCCGAGGCGGCUUCGGGCGCCGGGGACGCGACCCUGGAGGGGGAGCGAGGCAAGAGGCCCCCACCCGAGGGCGAACCUGCGGCGCCUGCGUCUGGAGUCCUGGAUAAACUAUUUGGGAAGAGGCUCCUGCAGGCUGGCCGCUACCUGGUAUCCCACAAGGCAUGGAUGAAGACAGUGCCCACCGAGGACUGCGACGUGCUCAUGACCUUCCCAGACACCACUGAUGACCACACGCUGCUGUGGCUGCUGAAUCACAUCCGGGUGGGCAUUCCCGAGCUGAUCGUGCAAGUUCGCCACCACCGCCACACGCGUGCCUAUGCCUUCUUUGUCACCGCCACAUACGAGAGCCUGCUCCGUGGGGCCGACGAGCUGGGUCUGCGCAAGGCCGUGAAGGCCGAGUUUGGAGGGGGCACUCGCAGCUUCUCCUGCGAAGAGGACUUCAUCUACGAGAAUGUGGAGAAUGAGCUACGCUUUUUCACAUCGCAGGAGCGGCAGAGCAUCAUUCGCUUCUGGUUGCAGAACCUACGAGCCAAGCAGGGGGAGGCUCUGCACAACGUGCGCUUCUUGGAGGACCAGCCAAUCAUUCCGGAGCUGGCUGCACGAGGCAUCAUACAGCAGGUGUUUCCAGUUCACGAGCAGCGUAUUCUGAAUCGUCUCAUGAAGUCCUGGGUGCAGGCCGUGUGUGAAAACCAGCCUUUAGAUGAUAUCUGUGACUAUUUUGGGGUGAAGAUUGCCAUGUAUUUUGCCUGGCUGGGCUUCUACACAUCAGCAAUGGUUUACCCUGCUGUCUUUGGCUCUGUUCUGUAUACAUUCACUGAAGCUGAUCAGACAAGCCGGGAUGUUUCCUGUGUGGUCUUUGCUCUCUUCAACGUGAUCUGGUCAACACUGUUCUUGGAGGAGUGGAAACGGAGGGGGGCAGAGCUAGCCUACAAGUGGGGUACACUAGACUCACCUGGGGAGGCUGUGGAGGAGCCACGUCCCCAGUUCAGGGGCAUCCGGCGCAUCAGCCCCAUCACCCGUGCUGAGGAGUUCUACUACCCGCCCUGGAAGCGACUGCUCUUUCAACUGCUUGUCAGCCUGCCUCUGUGCCUGGCCUGUCUCGUCUGUGUCUUUGUCCUGAUGCUUGGCUGCUUCCAGCUGCAGGAGCUAGUCUUGAGCGUGAAGGGUCUGCCCCGCCUAGUUCGCUUCUUGCCUAAGGUCAUGCUAGCCCUGCUGGUCAGCGUGAGUGCUGAGGGCUACAAGAAGUUAGCUGUGUGGCUAAAUGACAUGGAGAAUUACCGGCUAGAGAGCACCUACGAGAGGCACCUUAUCAUCAAAGUCGUCUUGUUCCAGUUUGUCAACUCGUACUUGAGUCUGUUCUACAUCGGCUUCUACCUCAAAGACAUGGACCGCCUGAAAGAGAUGCUGGCCACCCUGCUCAUCACCCGGCAGCUGCUGCAGAAUGUGCGCGAGGUGCUGCAGCCGCACCUGUACCGCAGGUUGGGCAGCGGGGAGCUGGGCCUGCGCACCAUCCUGGAGCUGGCCCGGGCCCUACUAGGCUUGCUCAACCCCUUGCGCCCGGACCCCCGACGGCACUUGGAGGCCCAGGCUGAUGAGGGCGGAGCGGGAAGCCGCAGGUGCCUGGGCGGUGGCUGCGGGGCGCCCGAGGAGGAGGAGGAGGUGGCUGUGGAGAGGAGGCCAGCAGGGGAAGGUGGGGAGGUUCCAGAAGGGCCUCGGGGUGGCAAGGAAGAGGACGAGGAGGAGGAGGAGGACGACGAGGAUGAGGACGAGGAAUAUGAGGGCGAGGAAGGAAGCCUUUUGGAUUGCGGGCUGCGCCUCAAGAAGGUCAGCUUUGCUGAGCGGGGCGCAGGGCGGCGCAGGCCAGGCCCAAGCCCCGACGGCCUCCUGGAGGAGGGGAGUCCCACCAUGGUGGAGAAGGGGCUGGAGCCUGGUGUGUUUACGCUGGCCGAAGAAGACGAUGAGCCGGAGGCGCCUCCAAGCAGCCCCGGGCCAGAACCCCAGACCGUCUUGCUUCGUCGGGCGGGUGGCGAGGGCCGCGACCAAGGAUCUGAUGGAGACCGAGAUCCGGAGACUGGCUCUGGCGAUGCGGCUGGGAGACAGAAGAGACAUAACAGGUCCUCGUGGAUCGACCCGCCAGAGGAGGAGCAUUCACCGCAGCUCACACAGGCAGAGCUGGAGAGCUGCAUGAAGAAGUAUGAGGACACGUUCCAGGACUACCAGGAGAUGUUCGUGCAGUUUGGCUAUGUGGUCCUCUUCUCCUCUGCCUUCCCACUGGCCGCCCUGUGCGCCCUUGUCAACAACUUGAUUGAGAUCCGAAGUGAUGCCUUCAAGCUCUGCACUGGCCUACAGCGGCCCUUCGGCCAGCGUGUGGAGAGCAUUGGCCAGUGGCAGAAGGUCAUGGAGGCGAUGGGCGUGCUGGCCAUCGUGGUGAAUUGCUACCUCAUUGGCCAGUGUGGCCAGCUGCAGCGCCUGUUCCCCUGGCUGAGCCCAGAGGCGGCCAUUGUGUCUGUAGUGGUGCUAGAGCACUUGGCUCUUCUAGUCAAGUACCUCAUCCACGCAGCCAUCCCUGACAUCCCUGGCUGGGUGGCUGAGGAGAUGGCCAAAUUGGAGUACCAGCGACGGGAAGCCUUCAAGCGGCACGAACGGCAGGCGCAGCAGCGCUUUCAGCAGCAGCAACGGCGACGGCGCGAGGAGGAAGAGCGGCAGCGGCACGCGGAGCAGCAGGCGCGGCGGGAGCGUGACACGGGAGGCCGCGAGGAGGCGCGCGCGGAGGCCCCGGGCCCCGACCCCGCGGUGGAGCGCGGCGCGGCCAAGGCCAAGGGCAGCGAGCGUCCCCGACGGCCCGGAGCACUGCUGCCGCCCGGCCUGCUGCGGCUGAAGCAGAUCAUCCCGCUGCAGACCCGGCCGCCCGCGCCCACCGGGUGCCCCCCGCCGCGCUCGCCCGCGGACACGCGCCUGCCCGCCUUCCUUAGCCUGCGCUUCCUCAAGGCGCCCGAGCGCGGCCCGUCCCCGCCGCGGCCCGGGAAGCUGUUCGCCUUCGCGGCGCGCGAGCCCGCAGCCAACGGGGCCCUCGGGGGCGGCGCGCGCUCUCACAGGAGCGCCGGGGACGAGCCCGCGGCCGCCGAGCUGGAGCCGCGGCCGGAGGACGCAGGUCACAGGCCUUAACUGGGGCGCGCGUUGCGAGGGCAGUGGGCGCCGUGGGGCCCCGCGAACCGCGCUCUCCCUCCGCAGGGCCCGCCUCGCCUCCCGCCGGCUGCUGGCGUUGGGACGCGCCCUGGGGCUGCGGCGACAACCCGCCCGCGUCCCCGCGGACGCCCCGCGCGCCCCGCGCAGCCCGCCUGCUGGCCCACAGCCCGCCACUAGCCCCGCCGCGCCCUGCCGUUCCUUCGACCAGGAUGGGGGCCACGAGCGGACCCCCCAACCCCCACAGUACAGAAAAGUACACAGGAUGGGCGGUUAUUUAUUUGUUUUUAAUUUAUUUUGUCAUAUUUUUGUAAAACGGCAGAAAUGCAAUAAAAAGUCUAUUUCA